AUGGCGGAUCAACGCCACGAUGGCUCCAAGAUCAUUGCUGAUCAAGCCAAUAACCAUUGUAGAAAUGUCGAGCUGACCAAGCCGGCCGUCGGUGGCUUUGGCUUCAAUGUGACGGGUGGCCACCCAGCUGCGUUGGUGGUGUCCAAGAUCACCCCACAGUCGCCUGCCGAGGGUGAACUGGCCAUCGGUGACCAGAUCCUGAGCAUCAAUGGUCAUUCUACAGCAGGCAUGACACAAGUCAAGUUUGUGACAAUGGUCAAGGCGUCUCGUCCCACGCUGCAACUGGAAGUUCGCAAAUCCACGUCGCAUCGCACUAACUUUGCCGCGGCCCCGCGUACCCCCGAGACCCAACGCCGUAGCACCGCGACAAGCACCCAGGCCGCACCUGCUGCCAAGCCGGCUACCACAUCCGCUCCCAAACCUGCCGCAGCUGCCAAGCCCGUUGCGGCUCCCAGGCCGGCCCCAACUGCUGCUCCGACCGCCGCCCCUGCACCGGCACAGCCCAGUGUUGAUGGUGUCUUGCAAGAGCGUCUCGGUCAGGCUGUGAAGCGUGUGUGUGACUACGGCAAGGCUCACUAUGGCAUCCAGGUAGAUCAAGCUGGCUCGGGUGACUUUGCAGCAGACCUCCUUCGCAUUGUGACGCAACUGGAGGAAGCCGCCGAUGGCAUUGAGGCUGACGCCUUGCCACGUCUGGCUGCCGUGACGGCACGCUUGGAACGCGUGCUUGGCCUGACAGCCCAGGCGUCGGGAGAUCCCGAGGCCGACCACCCCGCGGUCGUCGCCUUUGACGAUUUGCUGCAGGGGGAGCUCAAGGCGUACAUGGAUGCUUCGGGUCAGAUUGGCGGCGACGUGAAGGAGCAUAGCCAGCUAGUAUCGCAAGCAUUUGUCGCGCUGCGUCGCUUGUUGGGCAUUGUUCCUUUCUCGCAAAAACCGGGCCCCAAGGUGCUGCCCGAUCUGUAUGAGGCCAUUACAAUGACGGUGCAAGAGGUGGCAGGCUUUGCGGAUGCCAAGGGAGGCAGCGCCCAGAAAUCUCACCUGAAGGCUGUGAGCGAGGGCAUUUUGGCCAUGUCAUGGAUCAAUGUGGAGCCAAAACCGGCGCCUUUUGUGACGGAGAUGCGGGAUGCGGCCGACUUUUAUCUCGUCCGUGUCGCCAAGGAGUGCCCUGAUGAGGGAAACCGAGCUUGGGCUCAAAGUUACAAGCAGCUGUUGACGGCCUUGGCGCAGUAUGUCAAGGCGCACCACGCCACGGGGCUAUCGUGGGGCAAGAAGAUGCGCAGCAUGACCUUCUGGGCCAACGCCAUUGCUCAGACGGCGCCAGGCGAGGGCGAUGCCGAUCGCUACAUUUACCGUUACAAGUUGGGCGCACCCGUGGCUCAGUUUUGGGGACAGGCUCGAGUGAAGAAUCCUGCGGAAAAACGUGCCAAACCAGCGAUGCGUCACAGCGUUGUGGUUGUUGCUCACCACAUUAGCAACGAGAAGAAAGGAAGCAAGAAUCGUUAUGUGUGUGCGCGUGGGUCACAGAGAGAGAGAGAGAGCGAGAAUGUGUGUGUGUGUGUGUGUGUGUGUGUGAAGCCCCAAACAUCAUGUGUGCAAGGAGGGCAAAUGGAUUGUGAAACUGUGGGCCUGGCUGGUUUGGGUGGAGCCGGCCGAAGUCAUGAAACGUACGCGGUACCCCAGCAGGCCCCGCAAAACGCCUGUUAG